CCAACGCUCCCUCUGGGAGGCACGUUUGAGACCUGGAGCUCCUGUCUCUUCGUACUUGUCCACCUGGUGAAUAAACUCGUUCUCUUCUGCAAAGGUCGUCAUUUCAAUGAUUGGCGGCCCCUGCAGCAGGCAAAACAGGCUGGCUUGUUAACAGUGGCUUCCAUUUGGUUCGCUUUGGGUGGAUUCCUUUUCUGACAAACAGGGCAGAAAUAAGAAGAAAAGGAGAAGAAGCACCAAAGAGGCACUCAGGGAGAAAGGGGUACUUUGAAGGAAAAAGAGAAGAUACAUCCUGCAAACAGAAAGGACCACCGAAAGAACAAGAGGGCAGUGGCCCCAAAGUCACUUGCUUCUGUUCUUUUAUGUCUUCUUUGACAGCUGGGGCUCCGCUCACAUUUAGUCCUGCUCAUUGCAACAUUCGGAGUGCUCUUCUUGAUGGUGUCCGAGGAUCUUACACGAGCAGGGUCUCAUUAAGUCAUUAAGUUGCCAAAGCUGAACUCAAACUUGCACUCCUGCCUCAGCCUCCCAGAGUGCUGGGAUCGAAGACCUAGGCAGGCACCUUUCAUGAGGUCUUCCCACCCAGUUUCUGUCCUUCCCUGGAGAGACAAUUUGGAGCUGCACUGGAAAGCCACGCUCUCACUGUCAGCUCUGCUUGUUUUGGAGUUUUACCAAGAAGAGGCCAGACAAUUGGCUGACUUGCAGGCUGAGCAUGUCAGCACACCCCUGACCUCUCUUCCGGCCAAGCAGCUCUGAUAAGUGGGCCGGCCUUCUGCCUGGAGAUUCGCAGGCACACUUGGAUGCUUCCUUCAGAAACCAGUGAAGCAAUCUCCUCCCCAGGCUCAGGACCCACAUUCCGGAUGUGAACUGCUGGCCAGAGCCUGGCUUCCUAGUGCCACGGCCAUGACCAACAGGACCAACACAUCCGCUCCGUACUACAGCUAUGAAUACUACUUGGACUACCUGGACCUCAUUCCCGUGGAUGAAAAGAAGCUGAAAGCCAACAAAUAUUCCAUUGUGAUUGCCUUUUGGGUGAGCCUGGCUGUGUUUGUGAUGUUCCUCUUCCUCAUUCUGCUCUACAUGUCCUGGUCCGGUUCCUCACAGAUGAGGAACGGCCUCCAGCACCAGCCACAGUGCCCGUGGAGCCCGGGCCUCAACCUGCCCCUCUGCCUGCGGAGCACCUCCCCGCGGACGGCGGACGACCUGGGCAGCGGCACUGGCGCACACCCGCGGCUCUAGCAGGGGCGCCCUGUGCCUCGCAUCCCCGCUGUCCUCGGGGACAGGCCUGGAGCGCGGUCCCCACCUCAGCUGGCGGCAGGAGCACGCGGAGGACCCACGCUGUCAGUCAUGCCAAAGGACUGGGGACAUCAAACCAGCGAGGACACGUUUAUCUUUUUUGUUUUUAAUGUAUAACUUUAUUAUCGUUCACUAACCACACACAUACACAAAAAUUAAAAUUAUUCAAAGAAAAACAAUGCAAGGGGAAAAAAACCUAUAAUAAUAUUCAAAUAUAAUAGAACUCAACCAAAGCAAAACUGAAAAGUACUUAAACAUUUUUCCAUAUAAUCCAAAAAAAAAACCUCAAGCAUUAAGACAUCAAAGGAUGUGAUUUGUUUUAGAAAGAUUUUCAAAACUAAUAUUGAACAAAUAGUGGUCUGGAGAAAAAAUUCUGAUUAACUAGCAGAUUCCACAUAGGCUAAAUUAGUUUUUGAUUUACAUUUCAAUACAGUCAUGUGACACAUGAUGGAAAUAUAAUCUGAGAAAUGUGUUAUUAGGCAAUUUCAUCCAGGUAUAUCACAAAGUACCACACAGAGUGCCAACUUCUAAGUGCCAACUGAGAAGGUAUACGUCAAUCAUCUGUGAUGGCCCCUUGAUAUU